AUGAAAUCUCUUGGAAACAUAAAUGCCGAACUUUCUCCAGGAGGUGCCUGGGCGGAGACAAUGAAAGGGAUCCUCUUGGCAGCCGACGAGGCAAUUGGCCUUCGGUCGCAACGGAUACACCACUCAUCUCAGCCUACCUAUCACCACCGUGAAGUAUCAACUGCAAUAGCCAAACUUAAAAAUGGCCGCUCCUCUGGACCGGAUGGAAUAAAUUCAGAACUGUUUAAAUACGGACCGCCUGCACUAACAGACAAACUGGCGGAGCUACUCAAUGGUAUGUUUAUGAAAAAGGAAUUCCUCGGUCUUGAUUCCGGAUUAUUAAUACCGAUCCAAAAGCCUAACAAGCAGGCUGGGCCUGUCGAAAAUCUACGCCCUAUAAUCUUGCUAAACACCUUACGGAAACUUUUGGGAUUAGUUACACUGAACCGAAUAAGAGAACAAGUGGACAACUAUCUAUCCCCGAGUCAUAGUGGAUUUAGGACAGGAAGAUCCACCGCCGAUGCUGUCUGGGCCCACAAGUGGUACUGCGCUAUCACCCAGAGAUACAAAAGUGCAACAACAGUCCUGGGAAUAGACCUGUCUAGGGCCUUUGACACGGUACGCCGUGGUCUACUCCUCAAAAUACUGGAACAAUUCCUGGACCCUGACUCUAUCAUAUGA